UUCUUAACAACCAAGAAACGUCGGGGAAAGGGGGAAAAAGAAAAGACUUCAAUGGUUUGGCCAGAAGAUUCCAAGGAAAAUCAAUUGAGGCACACAUAAUAAUUAAUAAGAUACCAAUUCUGUGCUCAAAGAAACCGAAAAAGGAAGGGAUAUAAAACCAAAAAGCAGUUACACUGUGCAACAGCACUCUCUCUCACCCCCCUUCCAGCGACGCCCCAGGGCCUUUGGCGAACGACUCCGUCGCGCUUCUGCUAUCAAUAACAAACUUUUAAUUAUAGCAAGGCAUUCGCAUUCUUAUCGCCAGAACCGGCAGAAUCAGCAGCAGUAGCAGCAGCUGGGUGUCGCACGGGCUUCCCCAACCUUGGGAGUGACGGGGACCCACAUUGAUUAAGGUUCUGUUCUGGGUACACCAUGUCAUCGGCCCAGACACAAACCAGCGUCGAGGAGGACAGUCUACUGAGCGGGCUGAACAAGCUGCGUCUCGAAGAGAAGCUCACAGAUGUCACACUCAUUGCAGAUGGAAUAAGCUACCAGGCCCAUCGCGUGGUACUGGCUGCCAGUAGCGAUUACUUUUGCGCCAUGUUCGCCGACAGUGCCAUGAUCGAGACGCGCAAGAAGAAGAUUGCCCUGCACGGCAUCACAGGGCGAGCCCUGGGCUCCAUCCUAGACUACAUAUACACCUCUCGCCUAGAGCUCAACAUAGACAAUAUCGAGGAGACACUGGCUGCCGCCAGCAUUGUCCAGGUGCGAGAUGUGAUUGAUCGCUGCACGUUUUUCCUGCAGCUCCGCAUUGGGCUGGACAAUUGUUUGGCUGUGGCUACCAUGGCGGAGAUCUAUGGCCAGGUGGGGCUAUCGGCGCGUGCCUUUCGCUACAUGUGCUGCCACUUUAAGGAGUUUUCGGCGGGGCCGGACUUCAAGGAGAUGAGCGUGGAUCAGAUGCGCUUUAUACUGAGCAGCAACUAUCCGAUUGAUGUCAGUGAGCAGGAGCUGGCGCGUUUGUUGUGCGCAUACUGCUUGGACCAGCGGCUGGAGAAUUCGGUUGCCUUUGACCUGUUGCGCCUCAUCAACUGGCCGCACAUCAACUACACGCAACUGCACGUGGUGGAGGCCAUGAACUGUUCGAUUGACGACAAAGUGCAGCGUCCACUGCCAGCCAAAUACUUUGAUCGCAUACGCGAAUUGUAUCUGUCGCGUUUCCUCAAGGGCGAGCUGGCUCUGGAGGAUCAGACGGUGAGGGAUUUGCCCACCAAUUUGCGUGGCAUGGAGCUGAGUCUCCUCAAGAUCGGUGGCUUCGAGUGGAAGGGUCUUACCAAUGAGAUUAUGUGCUUUUCCCUAUCCAAAAUGAAGUGGUAUGAACUUACAACCAUACCACAUAUUGACCAAUGUGAGUCGGUCUCUACCUUUGCAGGCAACUUUGGCACUGCCGUGCUCAACAACGAGCUGUUCAUUGUCGGCGGUGCGUAUGAUGUGUACCUGAAGGAGUAUAUCCAUCCAUUCGGUUUCCGCUAUUGCCCAUUGCGAAACUCCUGGGUGACCAUAGCACCCAUACAGUUGGACCGUUGCCGUUUCUCGCUGAAUGCCGUCGGCAAUCAGUAUCUGUAUGCGGUCGGUGGCAUUGUGGAGAACGAUGACACCACCGAGGAGGGCAUGCGCCGUGCCUCGAAUGUGGAACGCUACUCACUGGCCGAAAACAAGUGGACGUAUAUGCCCUGUCUUCAGGAGAAUCGAAGCCAGCAUGCCGGCGUUGUUGUGGGCGAUAAGCUGUACAUCUCUGGUGGCAUAUACAUGGCCGUCAUUUUGUCCAGCUUUUGGUGCUUUGACACAAAGGUCGAUACCUGGCUGGAGCUCGCAUCAAUGCCCACCGAAUGCUGUGAUCAUGUCCUGGUGGCCUGCGAUGACCUCAUCUAUGCCUGCGGCGGCUGGCACGAAAACCAAGCCGAGACGCGUGUGCUUGUGCAGCACAUAUAUGCGUACAGCAUCAAGACAAAUACCUGGCAGGUGGAGACUAGCAUACCAGCGCCAAAAUUCUACUCCGGCAUUACGAUGAUGGGCAGCACCAUCUUCUUUGUGGGCGGCCUCGACUCCACGGAGACCAUCGAUCGGGCCAGCUCGGCGACAAUGGCCUACAAUGUGGAUAGAAAGUGUUGGUGGCAUCGAAAGGAUUCGUGGGACACGCCCUCCGAUGUCUGGGAGUCAACAUGCGCCGCCCUCUAUGUACCCAUCUGUGAUUCCUAAAUGUACUCGUACUUUCUGUUUCGUUCUCCUAUUUUAUACACUCUACUACAGAAGACUACAGACUACCCACUCAAUGAGCGUACCUCUCAGCGCUUUCUUUCACGGCAAUCCUUGACAGAACCUUACACCUAAACGAAUUUAAAGAUUCUCAAAACAUACAUUAAUAGUAGCAUUAAUAUUUACAAAUAAAAAAACAUGUACUUAAAACUAGAAUAGUUAUACAAUUAUGUCUGCAAGAACGCGCAAACUGCAAUCUGUGGUAACGACGACAGCCUGUACAGACAAAUAAAUGUGCCAAGCA